AUGAAACAACCAGGAUUUGAUGAAAGUAUUGCUGCUGUUAUAGUUCAGUAUCCAAAUACUGAAGGAAAUAUUGUGCAACUGGAUAAUUUAAUCAAGGAAGCCCACGCUAAUGAGAGUUUGGUUAUACUUAUUUGUGAUUUAUUAUCGCUUACGUUGCUACGUUCUCCUGGUGAACUCGAUGCGGAUAUUGCUCUAGGUAGUGCGCAACGAUUUGGUGUUCCGCUUGGUUUUGGUGGUCCGCAUGCCGCCUUUCUGGCCGUGAAACAAAAUGAUGCGCGUAAUUCUCUUGCUCGAACAAUGCCUGGUCGUAUAAUUGGGCUUAGCAAAGGGAUGUACAAUGAACCGGCGUAUCGAUUAGCUUUACAAACUCGUGAGCAGCAUAUCCGGAGAGACAAGGCUACAUCAAACAUCUGUACUGCACAAGCUUUGCUUGCCAAUAUGGCUGUAAUGUAUGCUAUUUAUCAUGGACCUAACGGUUUGCAACGUAUUGCAAGUAGUAUCAAUAAAGGAGCUAUAUUUUUAGCCAAUCAUCUUAGAAAUUCUUCUUACGAAGUUAUCCAUCGAACGUUCUUCGACACAAUAAAAGUGCGCGUUAACGAUUUUGAAAAAAUAAAAGAUCGAAGCGAAGAGAAACGCCUGAAUUUGCGAUAUUUUAAUGAUGGAUGUGUUGGAAUCUCGCUUGAUGAGACUACGACUUAUGAGGAUUUAUCCAAUUUGCUUUAUGUCUUCGGAAUCACCGAUAUAACUACGAAUCAAAUUGAAGAAAAUGUUGAGAAAAUUAAUUGUUUAACGAGGAAUCCAGUUCAUGGUCGUAAAAGCUUAUUCCUUACUCAUUCUCUUUUUAAUACGCAUCACAGUGAAGCACAGCUUAUACGUUAUAUGAAAAGGCUUGAAAAUAAAGAUGUUUCUUUGGUUCACUCGAUGAUUCCUCUCGGUUCUUGUACAAUGAAACUCAAUGCUAGUGCUGAAUUAAUGCCCAUUACAUGGUCAGAAUUUAACGGUCUACAUCCUUUUUCCCCAGUGGAACAGUCGAAAGGAUUUCAGAAGAUAUUUCACGAUUUAGAAGAAUGUGGCGCUAAUGGUGAAUACUCUGGUCUUCUGGCAAUUCGAAAUUAUUUGGAUUCGGUCGGUCAACAGAAUAGAGAUGUUCGAGCUAUUUGCCUUAUUCCAACGUCAGCGCAUGGCACAAAUCCAGCUAGUGCUCAUAUGGCCAAUAUGAAAGUUGUUGCGGUAGAUGUUGAUCGCCAUGGAAAUAUUAGUUUCAAGGAUUUAUCGGCCAAGGUGGAAAAAUAUAAAGAUAAGUUAGCAGCUAUUAUGAUCACAUAUCCUUCAACACAUGGCGUUUUUGAAUCGUCUAUAUGUGAUGUUUGUUCCAUAAUACAUGAAAAUGGUGGACAAGUUUAUUUAGAUGGCGCAAAUUUAAACGCACAAGUUGGUCUAUGUCGUCCCGGCGAUUAUGGAAGUGAUGUCUCUCAUUUGAAUCUGCAUAAAACAUUUUGCAUACCGCAUGGCGGUGGUGGACCAGGAGUUGGACCUAUCGGCGUUAAGGCUCAUCUUGCUCCAUUCUUACCAGGACAUCCUGUUGUUCCCAUCGAUGGUCGAAUUGAUGGAGCAGUUAGCGCUGCUCCUUAUGGAUCAAGCAGUAUCCUCCCUAUUACUUGGGCUUAUAUAAAAUUGAUGGGAAACAGUGGUUUGAAGAGAGCAUCUCAGAUGGCUAUUCUUAAUGCUAACUAUAUGGCUAAACGAUUACAAGGAAUUUAUCCUAUACUUUAUAAGGAUGAACAAAAUCAUGUCGCUCACGAAUUUUUGAUUGACUGUCGAGAAUUCAAGACGACUGCUGCUGUUGAAGUAGUUGAUAUUGCCAAACGAUUAAUGGAUUAUGGGUUCCAUGCACCUACGAUGUCUUUCCCAGUUCAUGGUUGUUUGAUGAUUGAACCGACUGAAAGCGAAGAUAAAGCUGAAAUGGAUCGAUUAAUUGAUUCUUUGAUAGCGAUAAGAGAAGAAAUUGCUGUGAUUGAGAAGGGAAAAAUGGACAAAAAAAUAAAUCCUUUAAAAAUGGCGCCACAUACACUAACGGUUUUAACAUCAUCAACUUGGAACCGGCCAUAUUCGCGUGAAAUGGCUGCUUUUCCACGUCCUUGGUGCCAUUCAAAAGUUUGGCCAAGUGUUAGCCGUAUCGACGACCAGUAUGGUGAUCGCAAUCUAAUAUGUUCGUGCCCUCCUGUUUCCGAUUAUAAUGAUUAG